UGCAAAUUUAAUCAACUUGCGGCACAUUUAUUUUGGUAGAUAUAUGAAAGUUCCAGGUGGGAUAUUGAGACAGUUGACUAAUCUCCGGUCAUUACCUUUUCUCAAGGUGGGUAACAAGACAGGUCCUGGAAUUGAGGAAUUGGGUUGUUUAAACCAGUUGCAUGACACCUUGUCUAUAUAUGGAUUGGAAAAUGUAGGAGAUGGAGGAGAAGCUUCGAAAGCAAACUUGGUCGAGAAGAAACAUAUACGCAAGUUAAUCCUUGAUUGGAAGCCUAGUAGGCCAAGCCACAAUGUGGAGAAUGAUGAUGAUGUACUAGAAGGCCUCCGCCCACAUUCUAGUUUGGAAUUUUUGGAGAUUCAGGGAUUCAUGGGUGUUAAACUUCCAUCAUGGUUAUUGCUAGCCCACAAUUUGAAGGAGAUUGAAUUAUUGGGCUGCAACAAAUGUGAAGGAGUCCCAGUGCUUGGCCAUUUACCCAAUCUUAGUUGUGUUAAGAUUAUGAGAAUGGAGAACCUAACUCGUAUAGGAUCUGAGUUCUAUGGUGAUGACCAUGUCAACUGUGGAAAUGGAUCAAGUAAGGAGCCGCGGCCUUUGUUCCCUGCUUUGAAAACAUUGCAUAUUGAGGGGGCCCAAAACCUGAUCGAGUGGAUGGAAGCGCCAAGAGAAAGAGCAAGUGUGGUGUUUCCAUGCCUCGAGGAGCUGACCUUGAUUAAAUGUCACAAACUAACUAGUGCUCCCAGUCAUUUCCCAUCUCUCAAGAAGUUGGUGAUAGAAUGGAUGGAUAGCGGAGGCAUGCCAAUAGCAAGUAUUCUAAGCAAUCAACUCACCACUCUCACUUAUCUUAGCUUUCUGGGUGUGAAGGGCCUUACUUGUCUGCCGGGAGGGAUGUUAGAAAAAAACAAGAAUCUUGCACAUUUAGACAUAAGUCAGUGUUCAGAUUUAACUUGUAUUUCUCCCCAAUCACAAGGAUUUGAGUACUGCUGCGCAUCUCUUUCAUAUUUGCGGAUACGGAUUUGUCACUAUCUCAGAUAUUUACCUGAUGGGCUACUCACUCCUUCUCUUAAAGAGAUGGAGUUGUAUUAUUGUCCCAAUCUACAGUACAUCCCAGAUGCUACACACGGUGGUCUCACAUCCCUUGAAACGUUGUCUUUGACAUUGUGCUGUGAUAUAACUUCCAUUCCUUUUUCACAAGGCCUGCCAGCUCUUGGUAAAUUACAUAUAGACCAGUGUUGGGAAUUAUCAAGCCUCCCUCUGGUGGACUAGAAUACUGUACUUCUAUUCGGAGUUUGAGAAUAACAGCUUGCCGCAAGGUACCAUCCAUUUCAGUAGAAAGUCUGAGUGCAUCCCUCGAAUAUUUGUGUGUAAGUAAUCUAGACUCUCUUCCAAUUUCACGGGGAGGCUUCACAUCACUCAGUGAAUUGAGAAUUGAGCGCUGCAAAAGUGCACAAAUUGAGCCAGAAUUUAGUGCCUUUCUUCAAACCCUCGCCUCUCCUCUUCAAAAAUUGACGAUGAGGUUUUGCGAAAAUCUAGAGACUAUUCCAAGUUCAGACAAGCUCACAUCCCUCCGCAGCUUGGAGAUUAGAGGGUGUAAUAAAUUAACAUGUCUACCGAAUGGGUUACCAGCAUCGUCACAGUCCUGCAACCUCACCCGUUUGAAGGAAUUGACAAUUGGUCCCUUCUGCGAGGAGCUCGAUGCAUUCCCAGCAUUUCAGGCUAUACCACAGCUUGAAUCAUUAAAGAUCUAUGGGUGGCGUAAGCUCAAGUCUCUCCCUGAACAAAUUCAACACUUGCCUUCUUUAAGACACAUGAAGAUUUUAGGCUUUCACGGAGUGGAGGCUAUUCCAGAGUGGUUGGGAAACCUUGCAUCUCUUGAGGACCUGACUAUUCAGGGUUGCGCGAGUCUAAAGUAUCUACCUUCUGUGGAAGCUAUGCAACGCCUCACCAAAUUGAAAGAGAUAGACAUCAUCGGCUGUCCCCUUCUAGAAGAAAGAUGCACGGAGGAGAGCGGCCCAGAGUUGCAUAAGAUUCGUCAUCUUCCAUUCAUCAAGAUUGGGGAUACAAGAAUCGAGAAUUGACCAAUGCAGAGCACAAAUAAUUCCUAAUUGCUUAAAGUGCCCACAAUGAGGCAAAUAAGGGGCAUCUAGUUUGUUUUCGGCAAACAAUUUCUGGAGGUUUUCACUAAAUUGGAGGAAUACAUGUUGUGCCAUCAGGCUUUCUGAAACACCAGAUGAGGAGUAGUUGAGUUGGGUAACUGGUAGGCCUUUCAUUCCAUCUCCCAAGGUUCCCUUUCAUCAAAAGAACCUUUCAGUUUGUUCCUCUGAAUUGUUCCCCAAACCAGUGGUGCAACAUUAUUUAGCCAACUUUGUUUUUCUUGGAGAAAUCAUUGUUACUAUGGAAGCUGUUGCAAGGGAAAUCUCUUAACAGAUCGCAGCGUACAGGUGAAAUCUUCUGACCCUUCUUUUGUGUUGCUCUAUCAUUCCAGAUAGAACUGAAUAUGUAAUCCAACUCUUUUAUCCUAGCCAUCUGCAGCAAGAUUUGGGGCAGAAGGGUUUCGUCAUUUGUCUCUGCAGUACUAAAAGCAAUUUAUAUCCAUCAAAUCAGACAUCUUUUCCUAGCGAUAGUGUGUGAUGUCUAAUGGAUGACAGAAACAAGCUAAUUGGCGAAGCAGAUGCUCUGUUGUACUUGAGAUUAUGGCUGUCAUGUAACCACAGUCAUUUGGUGCAGGCAAAAGCAUUCUCAGGGCCAAAAAAAAUUCAGAGAAGAAGGCGUAUCCCUGGGGAGGGUUACAUGCAUUUAUGUUAUUAAGAACUUAGCAAUCCCUUUACUUCAUGAAGUUCCGCAAAAGGCAAGGUUUCCUAUCAGCAAAAGAAGCUUUCAGUUUGUGCCUCCGAAUUGUCCUCUGAAGUGGUGGUGUAAGAUUAUGGCUUUCACAAUACAGCAAGCCAAGAUUUUCUCCUUUUAUUGUCACAAUAUUGGGGAUUUGGUUCCAAAGCAAGUGUUAGCCAUCUAAUCUGAGAUCUUUGGAUGAUAAUGAUGAUAUGAGAUGGCUUUCAAAUUUUAGUCUCAGAUGGUGUUGGUCUCUUCAGGUGCCAGCCAAGCUGAGAUGCUCCACUAGAGUUGGCUAAAGUUUGGAAACCGGCUCAUUGUGCUCGUGGAUACUUCUGCCCAAGCAGAACCAAUCAGGAGUGGACACGUGGGCAACGUGCUCCACGUCAGCUCGGAGAACUUAUCAAGGAGGCCCUCUUCUUUAUGGUCUGAUAUCAAAGAGCCUCACAUUCACUCAUUAUGAGACGUCUGCCCAUGCCUGGAGCUACUCACACAUUAAAGGAUCUUCAAUUCCAUGCCUUGUGGGACAAUGUUUCAUCAUUCUCCAUUCAGUUGCAUUCUAUAUACAGCUAAACCAUCAUAUGGUGUAACUAACCAUAUUUAUUCGACCCUAGUGAAACCACCAGCAAACAACCAUGAUGUAACCCUAAACUCUGACUGAGUUUUGGGUGAACACGUAAAUCUCCUGCGUUAUUGGGUCUGAUUGUCUUUUAUCAGUUUAUGUACAAUUUAAAUUUUUGGAACCCUUCACGUACUGCCAAGCAUGAGCAACGACCCCUCUUUGUAUAAAAACAGUACAUAGUAAUUCUCA